AACUCAAUUCAAUUGCAUAAUCACACUUUGAUUCAAAAAAUUAUCUUUCCUUUUAACUAAAGCUAUUCAAAAAUGUCGAGCAACUCCCAGAACCUCAGCUUCCAAGCCGGCCAGGCCAAAGGCCAAACCCAGGAGAAGGCUAGCACCAUGAUGGACAAGGCUAGCAAUGCUGCCCAAUCUGCCAAGGAGUCUCUGCAAGAGACGGGCCAGCAGAUUAAGGAGAAGGCACACGGAGCUACCGAAUCAGUGAAGAAUGCGACUGGCAUGAACAAAUGAAGACACUCAUAUGAAUAAUGAUGCUAUUUUCCCGAAUAAGACAUUAUUUCAUUUUAUUUUUAUUAUUAUUGUAUUGCUUUUAUGGAUUUUGCUUCUGUUUGACAUCUCAUGAUACUUGUAUUCUUUGAGAUCUUUCUUCAUUUAGACUUCCGU